AUGGCACAGAGUGAAAACGGAGCAGCAUGUGAGAGUGAUGUUACGUCACUUGGUAGCGAACAAGAGCUGAAUUUUGAUGAUGGCACGCUGAAAGGUAAAGAUUCUUACAACUGUUAAUAGUGUAUCACCAAAAGGCCUUUAAUAUUUAUAGCAAACUAAGGAGAAAUGAGGGUGGUUUUUUUAACUUUUUAUCUAGGCUUUUCGUAGAAUUUGUGGUCGAACUUACCACUUGUGGCAAAAUGAAUGGCUGUUUUGGUACUAGUGCCUUAUAUACAAGUGAAGAUAAUCUCAAUUUACAGCUUUAUACUGAUUUUUCCAGAUCAAACCAUUUUGGCACAGAGUGGAAACGGAGCAGCAAGUGAGGGUGAUGUUACAUCACAUGGUACCGGACAAGAGCUGAACUUUGAUGAUGACACACUGAAAGGUAAAGAUUCUUACAACUGUUGAUAGUGUAUCACCAAAGGGCCUUUAACAUCGAAAUUUAAGGAGAAAUGAAAUAAAAGAUACAGAAAGGAAAGACAAAAAACCGUCAUUUGAUAACAUUCAACAUACAUAAAGACUGAAAGUCGUUAAACAUUAUCUCCACCGAAGGUGUUUUUUAUUUUUUAUCUAGAUUAAACUUUUUCUAAAAUUUGUGGUCGACGAAUUCCUUUAUCUUGAGGAUUCACCGUUACAUAUAGCCCUGCAUUAGCUCCCGGCAUGUAUGAUUCCUAUUUUCCCGCCACCCCGAAAGAUGCACACGUACCGCAUAACGGUUUAGUAGUGUGAGCUACAAAUUUACUGUAUUUUCAGCUCUUUUAGCAUUUUUAACAUCAGAAAAUGAGGAACGGAACAACCAAAUUUGCCCCUAUUUCACAAGUCUGUGACCAAUGUCAUGAUCAACGCCAUUGAUGAGUUAACAAGUGACAGCAUUUGUCUAACCAAAAAAUAAAUAAUCCCCGUGGUAUUUUUCGUUUUAAUCUGUAGCAAAGAGAUGAAGACGGAAAUGAACUCACAAAAAGUUGCACACGAUAGUCCGCAUUGUACUCUUAUCUUUUGUACCAACAAUUAUAAUUCACCAUUUUAUUUUUUUUAUACCAAAGCAAGUUUUCUUCCCAAGAAGUAUUCCGGGACUUAAGAGACGUGGAUGACCGAAUAGGGGCAAAAAUCAAAACCCUAAGCAUUGACCCCUCAAAAAAAUCCUAUACACAACUGCGCACCAACAAGAUUAUUCAGUUAAAAUCAAACCAAUUAAGAAAAUACUUGCCAAAUUUUUCCUACCUCAAAAGAAUCCCGGAAUUGAAAAUUUGAAAUCCAAAAAAUCCUUCUAUCAUCGCCGUUACUUGAAAUCCGGAGUACCUCUACUGGGGUUUCGUUCCAACCCAAAUUUAUUAAUCGAACGUUUUGCUUAUGACGUACUUCAUAACAGCAGAACAGAUUGUCGAAUACGAAGCUGAAUCGAAGACACCUACAAGUAAAAAGGAAACAACCACGAUUGGUAAAAGAACCAAGUAUCUUCUAUUUUUUGGAAACCGAAAUACACUCAACUUGAAAACAAAGCACCCUCAACUCCGGUGAAAGGGCCGGCAAUCAACUAAAAUGGGUCAGUUAAUUUGAAGGGUGACAAUCCCCUUUAGUCAUUUCCGUUAACUCGAGGCUCUUUUGCCCACUGCACCGUGGAGCAUUUGGAAUCAAACGUCUGUCUCGGGGAGGGGAGAGUACAGGAGAGUUUUACAAUUUUAGCGCCUUACAUUGAGAAAGUUUGCGGCAUUAUUGUGUUUCGCAAAUUUUCAUGCGGUACUUACGUAAUUUUAGCCUUGAAUUCUGAUAUUGUGGUAUUUCUAAACUUGCGCAAUUUUUUUUUUAUUGGCUCAGCGAUUUUUAGCAUGGUUGUGUCGAAUUUCUCGAUUUUUCUUCGCGGUGUUACGGUGUUCGGUAAAUCUCUAGCCGCUCUUCAAUCUUUUUUUUGCGCAUGCGUAUACUUCUGCUACAAGACCGGCUUUGAUAGUGUGAUACCGUGACCAGUUGCGGUUUUAGAAAGGUGUACACUUUUAGUGCCAAACAAUAUUCCCAUGAUAAUUUCUUAUGCUGCUGAACCCAUCAACAGAAAUAAUUAGCAAGGCAUUUAUAAUAACGGAUGCUGAAAUCAUAUACUGCAGCCACAGCACCUUCGCAUUGUGCCAUUUAUUAUUAUAAUUAUUAUAACUAUUAUAUUAUAAUUAUUAUUAUUACUAUUUAAAAAGGUUAUUUUAGUGUUAAUUCAAUCUUGAGUUUUUGUAAUUUUGAAAGUAAAAAAAAGUGUUGUUGUUGAUGUGGUCAUAUCAGCCAAACAUCUAUAAGUAGCAAACCGAAUUUAUAUACUUAGUGUUUUUAUCACGAAUUUUCAUCAACAAAGUAUUACCAAUAACGAAAGCUGUUGCAAAUUAUGACGAUUAUCCCCUUACGUUCUAUAAAGCUAACAGUAAACUUUACCGAAUUUCACUUGCACCAAAAAGAAACAAUAUGUUUAUAAAGAUUAUUGCUGCAAUUGACUCCUGAUUCUGUUUUCAAAUAUGGUUCUGUCACGUGUUACUGAAGUAGUACUGUACCUCCCUGCUCCUACUAAGUCGGUUGACAAGGGUAAAAACAAAAAACUGCAAAACCGUCGCUCUAAGUCUGAAACUGAAUCAGCCACCGAGAUUUUCGAAAAGUGAGUUCGCAAUGGUUGAUUACUCGCCUCAGCGAAUGGGCUACUGAAUUCUGGAAAGCAGUUUCAUGUCUUGAUUAAAAGCACAACAAAAAACUAAAUCAGAUUACGUUUACUGUCCUGUUGUUUGAAAAGUACCUCACCACGCAUUUCAUGACUGCCUGCCACAGAGUUUUGAUUGAUUUGUUCAGUCAAUAAAAGUUUUAUACUAAUGUGAGUUCGCCACUUGUCGCAAAAUGAAUGGUUGUUUUGGUAACAGUGCUUAUGCAAGUAAAGUUAAUAUUAAUUUAAAGCUUUUUACCGACUUUUCCAGAUCAAUCCAUUACGGCACAGAGUGGAAACGGAGCAGCAUGUGAGAGUGAUCUUACAUCACUUGGUAACGGACAAGAGCUGAAUUUUGAUGAUGACACAGUGAAAGGUAAAGAUUCUUACAACUGUUAAUAGUGUAUCACCAAAAGGCCUUCAAUAUAGCAAACUAAGGAGAAAUGAAAUAAAAUAUACAAAAAAGACAAAAAACCGUCAUUUGAAAACAUUCAACAUACGGAAGUGGUUAAAGAGUCAAAGUCGUUAAACAUUAUCUCUACUGAAAGUGGUUUUUUCAUUUUUUUUGUCUAGAAUAGACUUUUUCUAGAAUUUUUUGGUCCAGUUAAUCACUUGUGGCAAAAUGAAGGGCUGUUUUGGUACCAGUGCUUAUACAAUUGAAGAUAAUAUUAAUUUACAGCUUUAUGCUGAUUUUUCCAGAUCAAACCAUUAUGGCACAGAGUGGAAACGGAGCAGCAAGUGAGGGUGAUGUUACAUUACAUGGUACCGGACAAGAGCUGAACUUUGAUGAUGACACACUGAAAGGUAAAAAUUCUGACAGCUGUUUAUAGUGUAUCACUAAAAGGCCUUUAAUAUAGCAAACUAAGGAGAAAUGAAAUAAAAUAUUCAAAAAUGACAAAAAACCGUCCUUUGAAAACAUUCAACCUACGGAAGUGGCUAAAGAGUCAAAGUCGUUAAACAUUAUCUCUGCUGAAGGUGGUUUCCUCAUUUUUUAUCUAGAUUAGCUGGCUUUUCCUAGAAUCAGCUGUGGUCGAGUUUACCACUUGUGGCAAAAUGAAUGGCUGUUUUGGUACUGGUGCGUUAUAUACAAAUGAAGAUAAUGUCAAUUUACAGCUUUAUACUGAUUUUUCCAGAUCAAACCAUUAUGGCACAGAGUGGAAACGGAGCAGCAAGUGAGAGUGAUGUUACAUCUCUUGGUACCGGAGAAGAGCUGAACUUUGAUGAUGUCACACUAAAAGGUAACGAUUCUGACAACUGUUAAUAGUGUAUCACCAAAAGGCCCUGAACAUAGAAAUUUAAGGAGAAGUGAAAUAAAAGAUAUAGAAAGGAAAAAAACGGUCCUUUAAUAACAUUCAACAUACAUAAAGACUUAAAGUCGUUAAACAUUAUCUCCCCUGAAGAUGUUUUUUUAUCUACACUAAACUUUUUCUAUAAUUUGUGGUCGACGAAUUCCUUUAUCUUGCGGAUCCGCCGUUACAUAUAGCCCUGCAUUAGCUCCCGCCAAGUAUGAUUCCUAUUUUCCCGCCAACCCGAAAGAUGGACACGCACCGCAUAACGGUUUAUUAGUGUGAGCUACAAAUUUAAUAAAUUUUCAGCUUUUUUAGCAUUUUUAACAUCAGAAAGUGAGGAACGGAACGACCAAAUUUGCCCCUAUUUCACGAGUGUGUGACCAAUGUCAUAAUCAACGCCAUUGAUGAAUUAACAAGUGACACCAUUUGCCUAACCGGGAAAUAAAUUAUCCCCGUAAUCUUUUACGUUUUAAUAUAUAGCAAAGAGACGAAGACGGAAAUGAACACACAAAAAAGUUGCGCAUGAUAGUCCGCAUUUUACUCUUAUCUUUUGUACCCACAAUUAUAAUUCGCCAUUUUAUUUUUCUAUACCAUAGCAAGUUUCGUUCCCAAGGGGUAUUCCGGAUUUCAAGAGACGUGGAUGACCGAAUGAGGGCAAAAAUCAAAACCCUAAAAAUUCCCAGGACCAAAAAUUAACCCCCCAAAAAGUCCUAUACAGAACUGCGCAUGCACCAACCAGAUUAUUCAGUUAAAAUCAAGCCAGCUAAGAAAAUACUUGCCAAAUUUUUCCUACCCCAAAAGAAUCCCGGAAUUGAAAAUUUUAAACCCAAAAAAUCCUUCUAUCAUCGCCGUCACUUGAAAUCCGGAGUACCUUCACUGGAGUUUCGAUCCACCCCAAAUUUCUUAAUCGAAAGUUUUGCUUAUGAUGUACUUCAUAACCGCAGAACAGAUUGUCGAAUACAAAGCUGAAUCGGGGAGACCUGCAAGUAAAAAGUAAACAACCACGAAUGGGAAAAGAACCAAGUAUCUUCUAUUCUUUGGAAACCGAAAUACAUUCAACUCGAAAAUGAAGAACCCUUAACUCCAGUAAAAGGGCCUGGAACAAACUAAAAUGAGUCAGUUAAUUUGAAGUGUGACCAUCCCCUUUAGGCAUUUGCGUUGCCUCUAGGCUCUUUUACCCACUGCACCGUGGGGCAUUUGGAAUCAAACGUCUGUCUCGGGGAGGGGAGAGUAUAGUACAGUUUUACAUUUUUAGCGCCUUACAAUAAGAAAGUUUGCGGUAUUAUUGUGUUUCGCAAAUUUUCAUGCGGUACUUACGUAAUUGUGGUAUUACUAAACAUGCGGAAUUUCUUAUGAUUGGCUCGGCUUUUUUUAGCAUGGUACAUGUACGUGGAGUUCUUAUCCCUUUCAAGGGAGUUUUUUUAUAAGUUGGAGAAAAUCCUAUAGUUUUGGCGUUGAAAUGAAACCUCUUCUGCCGAACCUUUUGGCUGAACUUGCUUUAUAUUCAAGUGAAGAUAAUGUCAAUUUACAGCUUUAUACUGAUUUUUCCAGAUCAAACCAUUAUGACACAGAGUGAAAACGGAGCAGCAAGUGAGGGUGAUGUUACAUCACUUGGUACGGGACAAGAGCUGAACUUUGAUGAUGACACACUGAAAGGUAAACAUUCUUACAACUUUUAACACUGUAUCGCCAAAAGGCCUUUAAUACAGCAAACUAAGGACAGAUGAAAUAAAAUAUACAAAAAAGACAAAAAACCGUCAUUUGAAAACAUUCAACAUACGGAAGUGGUUAAAGAAUCGUUGAACAGUAUCUCUACUGAAGGUGGUUUUUUCAUUUUUUAUCUACAUUAGGCUUUUCGUAGAAUUUCUCGUCGAGUUUAUCACCUGUGACAUAAUGAAUGGCUGUUUAGGUACUGGUGCUUUAUAUACGAGUGAAGAUAAUGUCAAUUUAUAGCUUUAUACUCAUUUUUCUAGAUCAAACCAUUAUGACACAGAGUGGAAACGGAGCAGCAAGUGAGAGUUAUGUUACAUAUGGUACCGGACAAGAGCUGAACUUUGAUGAUGACACACUGAAAGGUAAAGAUUCUUACAACUGUUAAUAGUGUAUCACCAAAAGGCCUUUAACAUGAGAAAUUUAAGGAGAAAUGAAAUAAAAGAUACAGAAAGGAAAAAAAACCGUCAUUUGAUAACAUUCAACAUUUGAUACAUGAAGACUGAAAGUCGGUAAACAUUAUCUUCACUGAAGGUGUUUUUUUAUUUUUUAUCUAGAUUAAACUUUUUUUUAACAGCCCUGCAUCUGUCUCGGGGAGGGGAGAGUAUAGUAGAGUGUUACAUUUUAUCGCCUUACAUUAAGAAAUUUUGUGGUAUUAUUGUGUUGGGCAAAUUUUCAUAAGGUACUUAUGUAAUUGUGAUCUUUAAUUCUGCUAUUGUGGUAUUUCAAAACAAGCGCAAUCUUUUUUUGAUUGGCUCGGUGAUUUUUAGCAUGGUUUUGUUGAAUUCGUCGAUUUUUCUUCGCCGUGUUACGGUGUUCCGUAUACUUCUAGCCGCUCUAAAAUCUUAUUUGUUACGCAUGCCUAUACUUCUGCUACAAGACCGGCUUUGAUAGUGUGACAUUGUGCCCAGUUGCGGUUUUAGAAAGGUUUACUAGACAAUAUUUCCAUGAUAAUUUGUUAUGCGCUUCAACCCAUCAACAGAAACAAUUAGUAAGGCAUUUGUAUUAACGCAUGCAGAAAUCCCAUGGUGCAGCCACAGCAGCUUCACAUUGUACCAUUUCUUAUUAUAAUUCUUAUAACUAUUAUAUUAUUAUUAAUAUUAUUACUAUUUGAAAAGGUUAUUUUAGUGUUAAUCCAAUCUUAAGUUUUGUAGUUUUCAAAGUAAAAAAAGUGUAUCUGUUGAAGUGGUCAUAGCAGCCAAACAUCUUUAAGUAGCAAACCGAAUUUAUAUACUUAACAAUAUUUUUAUCAGGAAGUUUUACAAAUAACAAAAGCUGUUGCAAAUUAUGACUAUUAUCCCCUUAAGUUCUAUAAAGCUAAAAGUAAACUUUAUCGAGUGUCACUUACACCAAAAAGAAACAACAUGUUUAUAAGGAUUAUUGCUGCAAUUGACUCCUGAUUCUGUUCUCAAAUAUGAUUCUGUCACGUCUUACUGAAGUGGUACUGUAACUCCCUGCUCCUACUAAGUCGAUUGACUAGGGUAACAAAAAAAACUGCAAAAACCGUCGCUCUGAAUCUGAAACUGAAUCAGCCACCGAGAUUGUCGGAAAGUGAGUUGGCAAUGGUUGGUUACUAGGUUGGCCUGAGCGACUGGGCUACUGAGUUCUGGAAAACAGUUUCAUGUCUUGAAUGAAAGCACAAUGGAAAACUGAAUCAGAUUACGUGUACUGUCCUGUUGUUUGAAAAUUCCUUUACCACGCAUUUCAUGACUGCCUACCACAGAAUUUUGAUUGAUUUGUUCAGUCAAUAAAAGUUUUAUACUAAUGUGAGAUUACCACUUGUGGCAAAAUGAAUGGUUGUUUUUGGUAACAGUGCUUAUACAAGUGAAGUUAAUAUUAAUUUAAAGCAUUUUACCGAUUUUUCCAGAUCAAACCAUUAUGGCACAGAGUGGAAACGGAGCAGCAUGUGAGAGUGAUGUUACAUCACUUGGUACCGGACAAGAGCUGAAUUUUAAUGAUGACACACUGAAAGGUAAAGAUUCUUACAACUGUUAAUAGUGUAUCACCAAUUAGCCUUUAACAUGAGAAAUUUAAGGAGAAAUGAAAUAAAAGAUACAGAAAGGAAGAAAACCGUCAUUUGAUAACAUUCAACACACAUAAAGACUGAAAGUCGUUAAACAUUAUCCCCACUGAAGGUGUUUUUUUCUUUAUAUCUAGAUUAAACUUUUUCUAAAUUCGUGGUCGACGACUUUCAAUUUUCCCACCAACCCGCCAACCCGAAAGAUGCACACGCACCGCAUAACCGUUUAUUAGUGUGAGCUACAAAUUUAAUGCAUUUUCUGCUUUCUUAGUAUUUUUAACAUCUGAAACUGAGGAACGGAACGACCAAAUUUGCCCCUAUUUCACAAGUCUGUGACCAAUGUCAUGAUCAACACCCUUGAUGAGUUAACAAGUGACACCAUUUGCCUAACAGGGCAAUAAAUUAUCUCUGUCUUUUUUUUCGUUUUAAUCUGUAGCAACCAGACGAAGACGGAAAUGAACAUACUAAAAAGUUGCACUCGAUAGUCCGCAUUGUACACUUAUCUUUUGUACCCACAAUUAUAAUGCAACAUUUUAUUGUUUUAUAUCAUAGCAAGUUUCUUUCUAAAUGGAUAUUCGGGAUUUCAAGAGACGUGGAUGACCGAAUGUGGGCAAAAAUGAAAACCCCCAAAAUUCCCUGGACCAAAAAUUAACUCCAAAAAAAUCCCAUACAGAACUACGCACCACCAAGAUUAUUCAGUUAAAAUCAAGCCAACUAAGAAAAUACUUGCCAAAUUUUUCCUACUCCAAAAGAAUCCCGGAAUUUAAAAUUUUAAACCCUAAAAAUCCUUCCGAUCAUCGCCGUCACUUGAAAUCGGGAGUACCUCCACUGGAGUUUCGUUCCACCCCAAAUUUCUUAAUCGAAAGUUUUGCUUGUGACGUGUUUCACAAGAGCAAAACAGAUUGUCGAAAACGAAGCUUACUCGAAGAGACGUACAAGUAAAAAGGAAACAACCACGAAUGAGAAAAGAACCAAGUAUUUUCUAUUUUUGGAAACCGAAAUACACUCAACUCGAAAACGAAGAACCCUCACCUCCGGUGAAAGGGUCUGCAAUCAACUAAAAUGGGUCAGUUAAUUUGAAGUGUGACUAUCCCCUUUAGGCAUUUGCGUUGCCUCUAGGCUCUUUUGCCCACAGCACCGUGGGGCAUUUGGAAUCAAACGUCUGUCUCGGGGAGGGAAGAGUACAGUAGAGUUUUAAAUUUUUAUCGCCUUACAUUGAGAAACUCAGCCACCGGCAGCCACCGAGAUUGUCGAAAAGUGAGUUGGCAAUGGUUGGUUACUAGGGUGGCCUGAGCGACUGGGCUAGUGAAUUCUGGAAAACAGUUUCAUUUCUUGAAUGAAAUUAAAGCACAAUGGAAAACUGAAUCAGAUUACAUGUACUGUCCUUUUGUUUGAAAAUUACUUCACCACGCCUUUCAUGACUGCCUGCCACAGAAAAUUGAUUUAUUUGUUCAGUCAAUAAAAGUUUUAUACUAAUGUAAGUUUACCACUUGCGCCAAAAUGAAUGGUUGUUUUGGUAACAGUGCUUAUAUAAGUGAAGAUAAUAUUAAUUUAAAGCUUUUUACCGAUAUAUCCAGAUCAAACCAUUAUGGCACAGAGUGGAAACGGAGCAGCAUGUGAGAGUGAUGUUAUGUCACUUGGUACCGGACAAGAGCUGAAUUUUGAUGAUCACAAACUGAAAGGUAAAGAUUCUUACAACUGUUCAUAGUGUAUCACAAAAAGGCCUUUAAUAUAGAAAUAUCAGGAGAAAUGAAAUAAAAGAUACAGAAAGGAAAAAAACCGUCAUUUGAAACAUUCAACAUACGGAAGUGGUUAAAGAGUCAAAGUCGUUAAACUUUAUCUCUACUGAAGGUGGUUUUUUAACUUUUUAUCUAGAUUAGGCUUUUCCUAGAAUCAAUUGUGGUCGAGUUUACCACUUGUGGCAAAAUGAAUGGCUGUUUUGGUACUAGUGCUUUAUAUACAAGUGAAGAUAAUGUCAAUUUACAGCUUUAUACUCAUUUUUCCAGAUCAAACCAUUAUGGCACAGAGUGGAAACGCAGCAGCAAGUGAGGGUGAUGUUACAUCACUUGGUACCGGACAAGAGCUGAACUUUGAUGAUGACACAUUGAAAGGUAAAGAUUCUGACAACUGUUAAUAGUGUAUUACCAAAAGGCCUUUAACAUAGAAAUUUAAGGAGAAAUGAAAUAAAAGAUACAGAAAGGAAAAAAAACCGUCAUUUGAUAACAUUCAACAUACAUAAAGACUGAAAGUGGUUAAACAUUAUCUCCACUGAAGGUGUUUUUUAUUUUUUAUCUACAGAUUAAACUUUUUCUAAAAUCUGUGGUCGAUGAAUUCGUUUUCCUUACGGAUUCACCAUUACAUAUAGCCCUGCAUCUGUUUCUGGGAGGGGAGAGUAUAGUCGAGUGUUACAUUUUAUUGCCUUACAUUGAGAAAUUUUGCGGUAUUAUUGUGUUUGGCAAAUUUUCAUGCGGUACUUAUGUAAUUGUGGUCUUUAAUUCUAAUAUUGAUCAUCGCCGUCACUUGGAAUCCGGAGUACCUCCACUGGAGUUUCGUUCCACCCCAAAUUUCUUAAUCGAAAGUUUUGCUUAUGACGUACUUCAUAACAGCAAAACAGAUUCGUGUUUUCCCCAUUUAGCAAAAAAAAAAAAAACAGAGAGAGAGAGAGAACGAGCCCAUGCGGAUUUAUUUAAGACGGUCAUUCCAUCUAAGACAGACUUUCCAUCCUUGACUUGUGGUCCUUUAGCACAAAUUUUAAAACUCGUCCUUAAUUAGCCGGGUCCACUAAAGACAAGCUUCUUAAUUCAAAUGGUUUUCCUUCUCGAAAACUGAAUCAGUUCAGCAAAUAGACCUUCGCUUAAUCCUCGCAAUUCAAUUUUCUUGCCAUUCAAAACAUUCAAUUAAUUUUUUCGAUUUUUUUUAUCACGGUAGUUCUUAUUUUAUUUAUCAGAAGUGCGAACAAAGCUUUUACCACAGCAAGUUUCAGGGGGUAUUCCCGGUUUAAAGUGACGUGGAUGUUCGAAUGGGAGCAAAAAUCAAAAGCCCAAAAAAUCCCUGGACCAAAAAUUACCCCCCCCCCAAAAAAAAAAAUCCCAUACACAACUACGCGGCCGGAAUAAGCAGGCAAACCACGAAUAACAAUUUUCAGUUAAAUCAAGCCAUCCGACAAAAUUUUUGCCAAAUUUUCCUUAGCUACCCCAAGAAAAUCCCGAAAUCGAAAAUUUCACACCCAAGAAAUCCUUCGAUCAAACCCGUCACUUGAAAUCCAGAGUACUACUCGGGUUUCGAUCCACCCCAAUUUCGAAAAUCGAGAGUUUUGCUUAUGACGUACUUGAUAACAGCAAAACAGAUUGUCGAAUACGAAGAUUAAUUGGAGAGACCUACAAGAAAAACAGAAACAACCACGAAUGGGAAAAGAACCAAGUAUCCUGUAUUUUUUGGAAACCGAAAUACACUCAACUCGAAAACGAAGAACCCUCAACUCCGGUGAAAGGGCCUGCAAUCAACUAAAAUGGGUCAGUAAAUUUGAAGUGUGACCAUCCCUUUUAGGCAUUUGCGUUGCCUCUAGGUUCUUUUGCCCACUGCACCGUGAGGCAUUUGGAAUCAAACGUCUGUCUCGGGGAGGGGAGACUAUAGUAGAGUGUUACAUUUUAUCACCUUACAUUGAGAAAGUUUGAGGCAUUAUUGUGUUUGCCAAAUUUUCAUGCGGUACUUCUGUAAUUGUGGUCUUGAAUUCUGAUAUUUUGGUAUAUCUAAACAUGCGGAAUUUUUUGUUAUUGGCUAGGCGAUUUUUAGCGUGGUUGUGUCCAAUUCUUCGAUUUUUCAUAGCAGUGUUACGGUGUUCGGUAUACCCCUAGCCGCUCUUCAACUUUUUUUGCGCAUGCGUAUACUUCUGCUACAAGACCGGCUUUCAUAGUGUGAUACCGUGACCAGUUGCGGUUUUAGAAAAGUGUACACUUUUAGUGCCAAACAAUAUUCCCAUGAUAAUGUGUUAUGCGGUUAAACCCAUCAACAGAAAUAAUUAGCAAGGCAUUUAUAAUAAAGGAUACUGAAAUCCUAUAGCUCAGCCACAGCACCUUCACAUUGUACCGUUUAUUAUUAUAAUUAUUAUAACUAUCAUAUUAUUAUUAUUAUUAUUACUAUUUGAAAAGUUAUUUAAGUGUUAAUCCAAUCUUAAGUUUUUAAUUUGUAAUUUUCAAAGUAAGAAAAGUGCAAACCGAAUUUAAAUACUUAACAGUGUUUUUAUCACGAAUUUUCAUCAACAAAGUAUUGCCAAUAACGAAACCUGUUCCAAAUUAUGACGAUUAUUCCAUUAAGUUCUUUAAAGCUAAAAGUAAACUUUACCGAAUUUCACUUGCGCCAAAAAAAAGAAACAAUAUGUUUGUAAGGAUUAUUGCUGCAAUUGACUCCUGGUACUGUAACCCCCUGCUGCUACUAAGUCGUUUAACUGGGGUAACAAAAAAUAACUGCAAAAAUCGUCGCUCUGAAUCUGAAACUGAAUCAGCUACCGACAUUGUCGAAAAGUGAGUUCGCAAUAGUUGGUUACUAGGGUGGCCUGAGCGACUGGGCUACUGAAUUCUGGAAAGCAGUUUCAUGCCUUGAUUGAAAGCUCAACAAAAGACUGAAUCAGAUUACGUGUCCUGUUGUUUGAAAAUUGCUUCACGCAUUUCUUAACUGCCUGCCACAUAAUUUUGAUUGAUUUGUUCACUCAAUAAAAGUUUUAUACUAAUGUGAGUUUACCACUUGUGGCAAAAUGACUGGUUGUUUUGGUAACAGUGCAUAUGCAAGUGAAGUUAAUAUUAAUUUAAAGCUUUUCACUGAUUUUUCCAGAUCAAACCAUAAUGGCACAGAGUGGAAACGGAGCAGCAAGUCAGAGUGAUGUUACAUCACAUGGUACCGAAAGAGAGCUGAACUUUGACGAUGACACACUGAAAGGUAAAGAUUCUUACAACUGUUAAUGGUGUAUCACCAGAAGGCCUUAAAGAUUACAAACUAAGGACAGAUGAAAUAAAAUAUACAAAAAAGACAAAAAACCGUCAUUUGAAAUUAUUCAACAAACGGAAAUGGUUAAAGAGGCAAAGUCGUUAAACAGUAUGUCUACUGAACGUGGUUUUUUCAUUUUUUUUAUCUAGAUUAGGCUUUUCGUAGAAUUUGUGGUCGAGUUUAACACUUGUGGCAUAAUGAAUGGAUGUUUUGGUACUAGUGCUUUAUAUACAAGUGAAGAUAAUGUCAAUUUACAGCUUUAUACUCAUUUUUCCAGAUCAAACCAUUAUGGCACAGAGUGGAAACGCAGCAGCAAGUGAGGGUGAUGUUACAUCACUUGGUACCGGACAAGAGCUGAACUUUGAUGAUGACACAUUGAAAGGUAAAGAUUCUGACAACUGUUAA